AUGACGAUAUUGGAUGUCGGCUGUGCUCCUGGUUCUUGGAGUCAAGUUGUUGUAGAAAGAUGUAAACUCAAUGAAAAGCCCACCACUGGUUAUCUGCUUGGCGUGGACCUGCAGGUUGUUUCUCCUAUCUCCGGUGCCGACAUUAUCUCCAUGUCCGACAUAACAGCUCCAGCGACACAGAAGUUGAUGUCAGAAAAGUUAAAUGGCCGAACAGUAGAUGUUGUUCUUAGCGACAUGGCUCCUAAUCCUUCAGGUAAGGUUUAC